AAGUUGUUUGCUCUAGUACAUAUAGUAUCUGAUCAUGCGUUCGUUACUGAUAUAGGCUGAUACAUUUCAAAGACGAAGAGCAUCCAGCUUGAAUAAAACACACGUGUACGAAGGAAAGCAAUGUUCAGCCACAGCGAGUAUCGCGAGACAGUGACGUGGAGGGAGAUUAUUCAAGAAUCGGAAGAGAAGCGCAGCCUUCUUCAACACAUGAAACAGGAAAAUAAGCCAUUCGUUCCGAGGAUCCCUGACGAUGAUCUGGCCACUGAUUACAUGGAGAGAGAAAUUUUUCCUCUGCUGCUUCCAGCACUAAAGGAUAUGCUGCACGAAGCACGUAGAUGGGACUGCCUCUAUAUACAAAAAUGCCGUUUCAAUGGAAUUGAUUAUCUUGCUGAACUUUUAUGGAAUCGGAAUCGUCGUCAUCCUUAUAGGAGCAAACAGUGGAGAGAGAUCUUCAGCAUACCAUUUGUCAAAAGAUACCUCAAAAAACACCCAAGACCAUAUUUUCCUUUAUCCUGGCUGUGGACACCAGAAGAAGCAGCACUUAGAAUACAGGCUCAAUUCCGUGGUUUUCUGGUGCGCAAGCAACCAGAAGUACAGGAGAUGAGACAGUUCUGGAAGGCACUGCAGGCAGAAAAAGAAGAGCAAAUGAGGCAAAGAAGUGAGGAACUACGACUUGAAGCUACAGAAGCUGCAGCAGUAGCAACUAAGGAGGUGUAUGAACAUAUUGAGACAGUCCAUCAACAAAUGGAAGAAGCACGUACCAUGAUACAUGAAUCUGCUGAUGCAGCAAUAAAUACUGAUUGAUUUAAAACACAUUGAAAAAGGAGUUGAGCAACAUAUUUCCAAUCUACACGAUUCCAAUACUUGC